AUGGAUAUGGCUACCGCGACCGCGACCGUCUCAAGCACGAUGAUGCCGUCAUCUGACACCUCAAACAUGGUUUUCAAUACGAACAAUCUCUCCGCCAUGCUGUACUCCAGUUCGUGGAUGCCAACCAGCAUCGCCGGCUACGUGGGCACCUGGUUCUUUCUUUUCUUCCUCGCUAUUAUUUGGCGAGCCAUUGUCGCAACACUGUUCAAGUUGGACGCGUUUUGGGCCGCGCAAAAUUCUCAAUACCUGAUUCUUAUCAACGGGGGCCAAGAAAAACCAAAGCAAGAAAGUGUCGUUCAAGCAUGGCGAGUUUCUGUGAAUUUGCCUCGAGCAGCAUUGCGCACGAUCAGCCAAGGAAUUGCAUACCUAUUGAUGAUUGCGGUAAUGACUAUGAAUGUUGGGUUCUUUUUCGCCGUACUCGUUGGAUAUUUCAUGGGAGAGCUUAUCUUUUCCCGUCUCUCACGAUCAGAUUCGUAG